AUGGAUAAAGACACAGAAAUGAAUAAAAACAUGGGAAUAGAUAAAGACAUGAUAGAUAUUAAAAAUAUUGAUUCUUCUGAGGUAAUUCAAGACAUUGCAAAUCUUGAUAAUCAUACAGUUAAUGAAAAUUCUUGUAAACUCUUUUCUUGGAAUUCUUUACCAGAUUUUCUUCAAGAAAUUUUACCUUCAGACUAUACCUAUAAGGUUCAAUGUAUAACAAAAUUACUACCAUAUUAUACAGAAAAAGAGUUUGAAAUUCAGCAAUUUGAAGUUG